ACCUUCUUUCUCCCGUCUCCUCCUCCCUGGGGCUGCCGAUGAGCAGGGAAUGCUCUGUGCAGCUCUGGGCAUGAGCAGAAGGGGAGAUCUAUGGGGUGUUGUAGGGCAGGCUGAUGUAUCGAGGGAGCUGGAUCCCAGCUCAGAGCAUCCAAGGAGCAAAAGCACACGGGCCAAGGCAGGAGCUCCCACAAUGAUGGGGAACACCGUGUUCCUGUCAUUCACCUUCUACAGCACGAUCCUGAUUCUAAAGAUGUAUGUCGUUGCCAUCAUCACGGGACAAGUGAGGCUCAGGAAGAAGGCGUUUGCUAACCCAGAGGAUGCGCUGCGCAAUGGAGGGCUGCAGUACUACCGUGAGGACCCUGAUGUGGAGCGCUGCCGCAGGGCACAUCGCAACGACAUGGAGAACAUCUUCCCCUUCCUCUUCCUCGGAGCUGUGUACUCUCUGCUGGAGCCCAGUCCUGCAGUGGCCAGGAUCCACUUCUUCAUCUUCUGUGCGGGACGCAUCGUGCACACCGUGGCCUACCUGCUGAAGCUGAGGGCUCCCACACGAUCCGUGGCAUACAGCGUGGCACAGCUGCCCUGCUUCUCCAUGGCCCUGCAGAUCCUCCUGGCAGCUGCCCCAUAUUGGUAGCACCCAACCGAGCAGAGCACCCAAGCCCCCCAUUCUGCUCUCUUCAGCUGUGCCAGUACUGAGACGUUCCUGGUGGGGGUGUGAGUGGGUGCUGCAGGGAUGUGUGGGGUGGCCUCGGUAAGGUCACUGGGCCUGCUGUUGAAAUUGGGGCAGGGGGAGCAGGCAGGGGAUGCCUAGCAGCUUUCCCUCGUUGCUGUCCUCUAGGAAGGGGUGUCAUCAGAGGAAAAGACAUUUUCUGCACCAGUGACCCAGCAUGGGAUGGGGAAUGCUGCCCUUGAUCAGCAGCAGAAUCAGGAGGGAGAAACCACCACGGUCUCACAGCUCUGCAAGAACUCUUGGUUGGUGGAUGUGGGUGUUUGCAGGGAGGGAGACAAGCUUUCGAUCCGGUCCCAACCUCAACACGGGAUGCAGCAGGGACUGCCAGAGCAGCCCGCAGAAAUCACUGCCCUGCAGAGAGCUGUGUGCCUGCAGCCAUGUGCUGCCGCUGCCUGGAAAUGCUCUGAGAGAUGCUUUCAAUUUGCAUCCCAAGCUGUGCCCUGGGAGGAGGGCUCUGCUGUUCUUCUGUGCUGCGUGAGGAUGGCCAACCCUACUGUGCCACACAACUGUCCUUAGGGAUGAUGCUGGGGCAGCCCCAUGGAGGGCAGGGCAGGAGGAAGGCUCUGAGGACAAUGCAAAGCUUUGCUAAGAUUGCAGUGAGAAAGCAGAGUGAGCAGAAAAUAAAAUCCUGUCUCAAGCACUAAAGCUCUUCCCUUUGCUGUGCUCUGCUCUGGGAUCCUCUCACCAAGACCCCACUGAGUAUCAAUGGGAAGCAGGGCAGCUCAGGUAGAUGCUCAGAGCUUCACCCAGCUCACAGAGGGCUCCCAGCCCAGCAGUGGCCAUGGCCUUGGGCUGAGUUCUUUGGGAGAUUUGGAGCACAGCACUCCGCUCUCCUGGGUGCAGCAGGAGGGCUGCAGGUCCCACAGUUUGCUCUUGGUCCCCUCUUGCUCACACAGCCCCAGCUCAGCAGAUGUCUUCAUAAUACCCCUUUCAGUGAGCCCAUGCUGCCUCACACGGUGCACAAGGUCUCCAAACCCCUGCACGUUUCCCUCCUGCUGCAUAUGCAUCCUGGUGGCAGGAAGCAAGUAUUCCCAAUAAAAACAAAUCAUUGUGCUCUGCUAUAUCCUUCCUUCGAGAGCUGCCGACGCAGCUGGGCAGCAGCUGGGGCCGGGUCCAGCUGCAGGGAACGCUGAGCCUCGCAGGGCCAGGAGCGUCCUGGGGCUUCUGGAGAGCUGAGCACCCUUCCCCCAGCCCACCUGCAGCUCUUGGCAUUAUCAGGGCCAAUCCUUUAAAUUCAGAGAUGCUGGGGCUUGUAGUGCAGCCAUGCUUGGUUCUCCUGCCUCGAGUAGCUCAAAGUUUGGUGUGUGCCCAGCUCUCCUCCAAGCAGGCUUUUGCUAUAAGAUGCUUUUUCCAAGCAAGCUUUCUCUGUGCCUGCACUUCUUCCCAAUGGAGAAGCUUAAAUCCUGGAGGGCUGGAGCUGUUCAGCUAAGGUGUGGUUGCUCUCCUUUCUGUGCUUACAGCUUCCAAAGGAGCUGCCUGUGUUUUCCAUGCUCAGCAGUCCCUUCCUCCUCUAGGAAGCCAACACCUUGCUUCCUUGGUUUCCUCCUAUUUUCUUCAGCUGUUGGUGUUUGGGAGGUGCUGCCUUUCUGUGUCUGCAUCCGCAUUAAUGGCUGAGAUGGACAAAAUGGUCCCACGUGACAGAUUUUUUUUUCCCUCACUACUUCUUGUUUUCCAGUAAGAAAGGCGGUGCUUUAUAAGAUGGACUCCAUCCAGUCCGUGCUGCUGUGUGUAGGGAUGUAGCUGUGGGGACUGGGGCUUUGGGGUGGGAAGGAAAAUCUAAGAGCUCCCUCUAACCCCUAUCCAAUGCCUGGGGGUGAUGCCCUGCUCAGGGAAGCUGAGGUUAUUUGCAGAGCUCUGCUUACUUCUUUCUUUAUUAAAAAAAAUAAACCCUGCUGUACUGGCUGCAGGGGGAAAAGCUUGGGAAUGUGAACUCUAAUGCCUUCAAAAAAACAAAUAGAAAAGGCCCACGAGGCAAAUUUCAAAGAGGCACAGCCACUGAGCCUAUUUUGAAAUGCUGGGAGCUGAUGGGAGUGUGGAUGGAGCCCAACUCGUCCCUGCAUGGCCAGAACUGGAGCUGGGACUGCACCGCUGCGGUGCAUCAACAUGAGGAGCAGCCUCGUGCCCUGCUUUAUUCCCAAGGGCAUGUCAGGCUGCUGUCCCCCGAAGCAGGACGGUGUCCCCAGCGUCCCCUGCAGUUCUCGGAGGGAGGCACUGGUGGCUGUACCCACGAGUGCUUGAGCUGUGCCAACCAUUUGUUUCUCACACCUGGCUUACAGCUGAAACGGUAAUGCAGCAAAACCCACCUGGGAUCGCACGCCUGCCAAGUUCGGUGCUUAAAGGUUUGGGUAUGAUUCACUCCGCCAGCGUGUGUCUUCCUCUCCAACGUCACCGAGCCCGAGGAAUCUGAAGGUGGGAUGGGGGAAAGCAAGUGCGGACCCAGCGACACAUCCCUGCCCCUCCUGCACCUUCCGGACACCUCAGCCCAGGUCACCUCUAACCUCAGGCUCUGCUCUUACUCCUCCUCACGGUGGGGCUUCGCCAUGCAAAUCCCCUUGAGGAAAUGCUGUUCUUGGGUCUUGCAGUCAGACCGACGACACGCCGCCCCAUGGGUGCAGGAAUGCCGGCGGCACCAACCGCGUCCCCAGCCCCGCGUCCCGCCUGGGGACAGCGCUGAGCAACGCGGAGCCGCAGCGCCCCCGUGUGGCCGUGGGAGGCACAGCCCGGGGACAGCGCUGUGCCGGGGGGACGGCGGGGGUUUGGGGUCUG